UGUAUUUAUAUUUUUGUAUAAAUUAAUUUAGAAUAUUUAAAAAUGUAUAUUAAACACUUUUCUGGUAAAUAAAUAAAACAAUGGAUGCUUUGGUGUUAGAUCCACCAAAAAAGAAACACAAAAAGAAAAAUGUUAAGAAAAAACAAACUAAAACCCCUUUGGAAAAGCCCUCGAAGCAAAAUACAAAGGCCUUCAGCUUCAGCGGAGGAAGGAGGUCAGUUCACAGAAGGUUUCAACACGCAAGCGAGGUUGAAGAAAAGCGGUUGAGAAGGCCGAGAAUCUAUAAAGUACCUGAAGUUCCUCCACCAAUAGUAGUGGUUGUCCAGGGACCAAAGAGUGUAGGAAAAAGCACUAUGAUAACUUCCCUAGUGAAGCAGUAUUCUAAAAGAAACAUUACGAAUAUAAAUGGACCAAUAACACUAGUAUCCUCAAAAUCACGCAGGAUAACUCUUAUAGAGUGCGGAAACUCUAUGCUUGACAUGAUAGAUUGUUGCAAAAUAGCUGAUAUCGCAAUUGUUAUGGUAGAUGGUUCAUAUGGGUAUGAAAUGGAAACUUUUGAGUUUGUAAAUAUGAUGCAAGUUCACGGUCUUCCUAGAGUUAUAGGAGUGGUCACGCAUCUAGACUCAUUUAAAGAUAAUAAAACAAUGAGAAGAACUAAGAAAAUUUUGAAAAAGAGGUUCUGGUCAGAGUUAUACGACGGGGCAAAGAUGUUUUAUUUCACGGGACUUCAGUAUGACCGGUAUAAGAAAAAUGAAGUUUUAAACUUAGCGAGGUAUAUUUCAUCCCAGAAACCACCUACUAUCAACUGGAGGUUAUCGCAUCCAUACACAGUGAGCCUGCGGCAUGAGAUUAUAGAGACUAAAGAUGAUUCAUGUAAAGUAUUUUUCUAUGGAUAUGUAUACGGAGGAAAACUUAAUACUACAAAUGGGAUACAUAUACCAGGUGCUGGGGACUUCACAAUUGACUCAGUGACUAACAUGCAGGACCCAUGUGAAAUACAGUCCAAGGACCGAACUUUGAAGGACAAGAAUAGAAAUAUAUACGCUCCCUAUUGUGACGUUGGUUCGUUGAUGUUAGAUGAUGACGCCAUGUACAUUCAAAUGUUUAAAACUAAAGAACAUUUUACCGAGAUGCCGAAUGAAGAUAAUGCUCAAGUUUCUGAAGCUGUUAGAAUGGUAAGAACUCUACAGAAAAUCGAUGACUCGAAACCCAACCAGCCUGAGCUAACUGUCCUCAAUGGGUAUACUGUUGAUGAUGCUUCCGAAUCGGAUGAAUCUGUGAAUGAUUAUGAUUCAGAGUAUGAAAAUGAUCAAUUAUCAAUUAAUGGUGCUGAUGAAUCAGAUGAUGAUACUAGUUACUCAUCCGAUGAUGAGUCAGAUGGAGAAGAUGAUUCAUCUGAUACAUCUGAAUCACCUAAUUUAGAUGAAAUCAAGAUAUAUGACGAGAUUAGUCAACGUGUUUAUUUUGGGGAAAGUAAAAGUGAGAACUUACACUUGAAGGACUUUUCAAAAGUUUUAAACAAAGAUUUCGAUCAAACUUGGGAUAGUGAAAAGCUAAGAUUGCUAAGGGAGUCCAAGUUUUUAAACCUAGCUGAUAAUUCUGAUCAAGAAAACCAAGAGGAUGAGGAAGAUAACCUUCAAAAUGACCCUGAGAGUGAAAAGUUUAAGAAAAUUCAGGAAGAAGAGCAGAAAAAAUUAUACCAAGAAACCUUGGAUCUUGACCACACAGGGAAUGUGGGUAUGUUUGUCAAGAUAUGUGUCGCCGGAAUCCCCCCGGAAUUCUUGCAAAAUGUAAACACCAAGCUCAGACCAAUAAUUUUGGGCUCUUUACAACACUCAGAACAGGGUUGUGGGUUCAUUCAGCUGAAAAUUAAGAGACACAGGUGGGCACCUAAGAUUUUGAAAACCAAUGAUCCUUUGCUAUUUUCAAUAGGCUGGAGACGUUUCCAAUCCAUACCAAUAUACUGCAUGGAGGAUCGUAAUCAAAUAAGGGUAAGAAUGCUCAAGUAUACACCUACCCACUCAUACUGUUUGGCCAACAUUUAUGGACCACUAUCACCUCCCAAUUUUGGAGUCUUGGCUGUUAAAAAUUGGGAUCGGAUUUCUAAUUACAGAAUAUCCGCUACAGGGUCAAUAGUUGGGACUGACCAGAACUAUAAGAUAGUUAAAAAGCUCAAUUUGGAGGGAGAAGCAUAUAAGAUCAUGAAAAAUACAUGUUUCAUUAAGAACAUGUUCAAUUCGGAGCUGGAAGUUAUAAAAUGUAUUGGUUCAAAGAUACAAACUUCAUCUGGAAUAAGAGGUCAAAUAAAAAAGCCCAUUGAGAAAAACGGAGCAUUUAGAGCAACUUUUGAGGAUAAGAUAUUAUUAUCGGACAUUGUGGUUUUAAAAUCGUGGGUUAACGUAGAAACGAAGCGAUUUUACAACUUAAUUCUGGAUUCUGAAGGAUUCAGAAGAGUAAAGUCGAUAGCGGAACUUAAGAAAGAGGAACCAAUUAAAGCCGAUUCAAAGUAUGAGAGGAAAGAAUUACUUAAAAGACCAGUCCGUCGAUUUAAUGAGAUUAAGAUACCGAAGAAAGUCAUUGAAAAAUUGGCAUUUUCAUCCAGACCAAAGGUCAUUGAACAUCCUAAAGAUGAUAUUACUGUUACUGUUGACCCAUCUGAGCAUGAAAAGAGAAUAGCCAGAACUUUGCAGAAACUGCACACCAUAAGGAAGGAUAGGCUGGAAAAGCGUCUGGAGUCUAUUAAGCAGUACAAGAUUAAGAAGGAUCUGGAUGAAGGAAAGCUCCAAGAGGUCAGAAAAACAAAAUUAAAGGAAAUUAAAAAGGCUAAAUAUGCAAAACAAACCAAGAAAGAAAGAAUAAAACGCUCAAAACUACUUUUAGAUUGAAUUUAAUACAAAC